AUGGGCCUGCUCACUAAACUUGGGCGCGUGCAGUCCCUAGCACCAGCUGGAGUAACGAGUGGUACCGCAGAGGUAGCACUUGACUCAGAGUUCUGGAGGGCAGAUGUGGUCAUCCAGGUCUGGGGCUGCAGGAAGGGGCUGGUACCUCUCCAUGGGCUGGGACAGGAGAAGAUGCUGUCCUUGCCUGUAGGGGGUGUGCUCGGGCUGAGGACCUGCACUGCUGACAGGAGAAGGCGAGCAGACUGUGCAGUGUCAGAGAAUCUGAAAAAGAUUGACGGAAUCUUCACAGAGAUCCUGCAGAAAAAACGGUUCAAAUCAUCCAGCUGCACAAGAGAAGAAGCAGCCAGAGACUUGUACUUGUUUAAGCAACAAAUGAGACUUCCAAGAUUGGGAAGGCUGGGACUGACUGGGGAGCAGCUCUGCAGGGAGAUCUUGGAGGUCCUGGUAGGCAGCAAACCAAACAUGAGCCAGUGGCUGAGGGAGCAGGAUUUGUUCAGUCUGGAAAAGGGAAGGCUCCAGAGGUUCUGGGGAGAGGGGGAAGCAACAGAAGCCUUCCCAUGCCUACAGGAAGAUUAUCAAGAAGAUGAAGUCAGGCUCUUCACUGCGAUGUAUCUGGCAGGUAAGAGAUCUGAAAAUGGGAUUCUUUCCACUGUUGUCAGAGAACCUUGGAUAAAACUGGACAAUUCUUCUCUAACCACGGAAACACCAUCUCUCUUUUUGGGAAUGGUGAGAUGGGACAGCUGCCUAGACACUGAUGAAGAGCAUGUGAACUUUGCCAGAAGAGAUGAACUGAACAGAGCUCACAGUGAGGAUAGGGAUGAACCAGAUGGACCCCUGAACUUUGAGCUUGAUGUUUGCCACCAGGAUUCAGAAUACAAGUCCCCAGCUCCCCUGCCACGUGCCCAGGUCAAACUGAUCACAAGCUGGGAAGCAGGAUGGAAUGUAACAAAUGCCAUUCAGGGAAUAUUUGUCCUAGGAUUGCCGUACGCUCUUCUCCACAGUGGAUACAGUGGCCUGUUUCUUAUUAUCUUGGCUGCAGCAUUAUGCUGUUACACAGGCCAAAUUCUAAUCGCUUGCCUGUAUGAAGAAAAUGAAGAAGGGCAGCUCGUAAGAGUGAGAGACACGUAUGAAGAUAUUGCAAAUGCCUGCUGCAAAAAGCUAUCACCCAACCUAGGUGGUAUAGUUGUCAAUGUGACCCAACUGAUGGAACUGAGCAUGACAUGUAUUUUGUAUCUGAUUGUUAGUGGGAAUUUGCUGUCACAUAGUUUUCCAUAUGUACCCGUGACUGAGAAAACUUGGUCUAUGAUUGCAUUUGUUACACUGCUGCCCUGUGUGUUUAUCAAGACUCUCAAAAUUGUUUCCAAACUCAGCCAGCUUUGCUCCUUGGUCCAUUUCAUUAUCAUCCUUGUAGUGAUGGCUUACUGUCUCACACAAAUACAUCAGUGGUUGUGGGCAAAAUUCAGACUCUCCAUUGAGUUUGAGGACUUCUUGGUCUCUGUAGGGGUGAUCAUUUUCAGUUACACAUCACAAAUAUUUCUUCCCACACUGGAAGGUAACAUGAAAAACCCAGAGGAGUUUAGAUGUAUGCUGAAUUGGACUCACUUUUUUGCUUGUGUCUUGAAAACCACCUUUGCGCUGACUGCCUUCUUGACCUGGGGUGAAGAGACAAAGGAAGUUAUUACUGACAACCUGCCAUCAUUUCUUCAAACCCUAGUGAAUUUGUGUCUCUUCACCAAGGCUCUUCUUUCUUACCCUUUGCCCUUCUUUGCAGCCACAGAAAUUGUGUAUGCUUGUAUUUCUAGAGGCAAGCAUUGCAAUUACAGAUCUCCAUUAUUUUCUCUGGGUGUAAGAGGCUCAUUUCUCCUGUUAACUUUGCUGAUGGCCAUCUUCAUACCACAUUUUGCCCAUUUGAUGGGUUUAACAGGCAGUGUAACAGGUGCUGCUAUGACUUUUAUUCUUCCUUCUCUCUUCCAUUUAAAACUUCAAUGGAAAAAACUGUCCUUCUUAGAGAAAUGUGCAGAUAUCUCUGUUUUUAUUUUGGGUUUCCUCUGUAGCCUUGCAGGCAUAGUUUGCUCAGUAAAGGGGCUGCUUGAAGUAUUUGGAGGUGUGUAA